AGUUGUCUUCUGUUCGGUCAGAAAUUCGGCUAUCUAGAACUCAAAGGUUAUAAGUCAAAAAUCUAUGCCGUUCUCACUACAGAUCAACUAUGGAUUCAUAAAAAUGAACAGUUUUUUAAAAUGGGCAUUGGAUUUGUUUAUAAUCGAUAUGAAUGGCUCUACUAUCCGAGAUGCAAGGAACAAAACCUUUGAGUUGAUCACGCACGCUAAAACCUUCAGUUUCACUGCAGACUCAGAGAGGGAGAAGAAGGAAUGGAUGGAAGCCCUGUUGGAAUGUAUAUCUGAGUCCCUGUCAGACUAUGAGGUUGCUGAGAAGAUCUGGUCAAACAAAGCCAACAAGUCAUGUGCAGAUUGCCGAACCUGCAAUCCCGACUGGGCCUCCAUUAACUUGUGUGUAAUCAUAUGCAAGCAAUGUGCAGGUCAACACAGAAGUCUGGGAACAAGCAUCUCUAAAGUGCAGAGUCUAAAACUAGACAUCAGCAUCUGGAGCAAUGAAAUUGUACAGCUAUUUAUUAUCCUGGGUAAUGAUCGAGCAAACCGCUUCUGGGCUGCACGGUUGCCACCAUCAGAGAUUCUCCAUCCAGAAGACAGUAUUGAACAAAGACGAGACUUUUAUAGCACACAAGUACAGAGAUGGGAAAUAUAGAGGUCCACAUCCCAACUACAGCACACAAGAGGAAAUCCUCAAGGUGCUUUCUGGUGCUGUUUCAGGACCAAAUCUGCUAAAGACGGUCAUGCAGUUCUUCUCUGAUGCUGAGUCUUUAGCUGAGCCAUUUGAGAGCCCUACCCUUUCUUCCAGCUCAGCAGACAACUGGAGGGCAAGCUCCUACAGCCUCAACACUGAAGGACUCUUUCCAGAUGACUUGAACCAAGGAAGAGUUUACGAUGAGAUCAUGCAGCCCGUGGUGCAUUCUGGGUACUUGAACAAGGCUGCCAUCUUAAGUAAAACAUUCAUAGCCAAGAAAACAAAAGAUGAGUUCCACAAGCACUGGUGUGUCCUGGAAAGAUCCCUUAUAUUUUAUGAGAAUGACAGAAGCUCAGAACAGGUUGGGAAGAUCGAUCCUCCAGAAGUGGUUUGCUUGGGAGUGAACAAGCUGGACAUCUUGAACAGCCCAGUACCUGUGGAAAGGUUUCGGUACACAUUUGAAAUUGUCUUGGCUUGUGAAAAGGUGCACCAGUUUGGGACUGAUGCUGCUGAAACACUGCAAACAUGGACAAGUGCAAUUGGGAAGUGGUUCACCCCAAUCAGCUGCCACUGUCUGCUAGGAUAUGAGUUCCAGAGAGUGGGUAAGAUGCGCUACAAAGCAAUGCUGAACCCAGAUCAGUGGAAGGAAGGCUUCUUUCUGUUACAGAAAAGUCACCUUUUUAUCUGUCCAGAAGAGCAGGAUGCAGCAGAGGACACAGUCAAUUUACGUCAGCUCCAGGAACUCACUGUAUCACCAGCUGCAGAAAAUUCUGAGAAGAAAGAUAUAAUAAUACUUGUAGAAAAAGGAAGGACCCUUUAUCUGCAAGGUAUUACACGGGCAGAUUUCUUGGCAUGGAGCUUGGAUAUCCAGUCUGCAGCAUGCAGUAGCGGCAACAUGUUACGAGACCAGCAACUUAGCAGGAAUGACAUUCCCAUCAUUGUAGACAGUUGCAUUGCUUUCCUUACUCAGUAUGGUCUUCGUCACGAGGGAAUAUAUCGGAAAAAUGGAGCCAAAUCUCGGAUUAAACUGCUAAUGGACGAGUUCCGAAAAGAUGCCCGAAACGUCAAACUUCGUAUCAGCGACAACUUUGUUGAAGAUGUCACAGAUGUGUUGAAGAGGUUUUUCAGGGAGCUGGAUGAUCCCAUUUUCACAACAGAGCGCCACCCACAAUGGAGAGAAGCUGCAGAACAUCAAGAAAAGUCCAAGAGGCUAGAAAAAUACAUGGAGCUGAUUAACCACCUUCCUAAAGUAAAUCGAGCUACACUAGCUGCGCUGAUUGGUCACCUCUACCGGGUCCAGAAAUGUGCAGAUUUAAAUCAGAUGUGCACCAAGAAUCUUGCACUUCUCUUUGCUCCAAGUUUGUUUCAAACAGAGGGGAAAGGAGAACACGAAGUGAAGAUAAUGGAGGAUUUGAUUGACAAUUAUGCUAGUGUUUUCUCUAUUGAUGAAGAGCAGGUGACACAAAUGGAUUUGGAAAACAGCCUGAUCACAACCUGGAAGGAUGUUCAGCUGUCACAAGCCGGAGAUCUCAUUAUUGAGGUUUACUUGGAAAGGAAAGAACAAGACUGUUGUGUUACUUUAAAGGUCUCUCCUGUGAUGACUGCUGAAGAACUAACCAAUCAGGUUUUAGAUAUGAGGAAUAUUCCAGCCAGUACAGACAUCUGGUUGACCUUUGAAGUUUUUGAAAAUGGUGAAAACUGGAGAGACCUUUACAUCCCAAGGAGAGAGUCCUGGAGCAAGCCCUACAGUGGUGCAAGCUGGCGGAGCCUAGCUCUGCUUACCUGCUUGUAAAGAAGAUUUCAUUCGCUGAAGGAAUCUGUCUGUUCACAGGUACAAAGAGGGAAACCCCAAAAUGUGGCUUGUUGAAAUGCAGAGAAGAAACCCCAAAGCUGCUGGCCUGCAAAUUUCAGGAGAGAUAUUUUUGUUAUCAAGGAUCGAAAACUGCUUCUGCUUAAAAGAAAAAAAGAGCUCCAAGCCAGAAAGAGAAUGGACUCUUGAAACUGCCAAGGUUUACAUGGGAAUUAGAAAGAAAGUAAAGCCACCAUCUCCAUGGGGCUUCACUAUACAUUUGGAUAAACAGCAGUUGUGCCUCUGCUGCACAACACAGCCAGAGAUGUGGGACUGGAUCACUAGCAUUCUUAAAGCACAGCAUGAUGACCUCCGCCCAGUGAUUUUAAGACGUCAUUCCUCCUCCGAUGUGACCAAGCAGAAGUUUGGGACUAUGCCUUUAGUACCGAUUCGUGGGGAUGACACCAACUCUACUAUGGUGACUGCUAAUCAGACACUACGUCGUCUCCAUACAAGAAGAACUCUGUCAAUGUUCUUUCCAAUGAAAAUGCAUCAGGACUCUCUAGAAGAGCUUCAGGAAAAACAAGAUGAUGAACAUGAGCCUGUGUAUGAAGAAGUAGGAAAUUUCCACAGCAUACCACAGGCAGAACUAGACUGCAUUUUGUCAACAGAGCGACUUCAUUUGCCUCCCCCACUGGACCGGACCAAAAAACCUGUACUAAAUCCCAAUCCAGACCAGAUAAAGACAACUCUAUCUGCUCCAACAAAGUCCAGCUCCCCAGAGAGGUCUGACAAAGAGCACUGUAACAAGACUCAGUCUUUAGACCGAAACCUCUGUGUGGAAAAUUUCAAGACUUUCCCAAGCGAUAGCAAUAAAACAGUCAUGGCAGACAGAGGUGCCAGUCCUAGCAUCACAAAAUCAUAUUCUCUCGAAAGGCAGGUGGAGCCAAACCGAACUCAGCUAGGUACUACAAGAAUACAGGGUGGGAAAAGCACACUUGAUUUGAGCACAUUACCACUGUUUUUUGAGCCAGCUGCCCCCUCAGACUCAUCAAAGGUUCCUGUGUGGAAGAAGACCUCUCCUAUUUCCAUGAAUAUGCAAGAAAAGCUAGUACAGGAACUUAACACCAUGCUUAAUAAGAAAAAUGAUACUGGGUCAGGAGCAGGCCAGCAAGUGACGUGA